UCCAUUUAUUCACCCUUCUUGCUUCACUGUCACCCCCACUAUAGCUACUUGUUCAAGCCACCACCCAACGCCAACUCUUCAUUUCCCUCUCAAACCCAUCACCACUUCACCACCAUGCAACUUUUCUGCUCAUCAUUACUAACACCACCUUUUUCACAGUCUGAUUUUGUUCUUCUUUUGAUUCCAGCCCUUCUGCUCUUAGGCCUCGUCCUCCAAUGGCGCCACCCCAAACACAAGCGCCUGCCCCCUGGCUCAAUGGGCUGGCCUUAUAUUGGAGAGACUCUCAGGCUUUACACUGAAAACCCAAAUUCAUUCUUCUCCAGCAGGCAAAAACGGUAUGGAAAUAUAUUUAAGACCCAUGUUUUGGGGUGCCCCUGCGUAAUGAUUACAAGCCCAGAAGCAGCAAGAAUGGUUCUUGUGAGCCAGGCGCAUCUGUUCAAACCAACUUAUCCAAGAAGCAAAGAGAGAAUGAUAGGACCAGAAGCCAUAUUUUUCCACCAAGGGGCCUACCAUGCAAGUCUGAAGAAGCUGGUUCAGGCUGCCCUUUUGCCCUGUGCAAUAAAAGGGUCAGUUUCAGAGAUUGAGCAAAUUGUUCUAAGGCUUCUACCCACUUGGGAAAACAGCAGCAUCAACACUUUGCAAGAGAUGAAGAGGUUUGCUUUUGAUGUGGCAAUGAUUUCAGCCUUCGGCAACAAUAGGGACUUUGAAAUGGAAGGAAUUAAACAUCUGUAUCAAUGCCUUGAGAAGGGCUAUAAUUCUAUGCCUCUUGAUCUACCUGGAACUCCUUUUCACAAAGCCAUGAAGGCAAGGAAGCUUCUCAAUGAGACGUUGAGGGGAUUGAUAGCGAAGAGAAGGAAGAGUGAUGGGGAAGAAAGUGGUGGCUUGCUGAGAGUACUGUUGGGAAAGGACCACAAUAAGCCUAACCUGCAGCUUAGUGAUUCUCAAAUUGCUGACAAUAUCAUUGGGGUUAUCUUUGCUGCUCAUGACACUACUGCAAGUAUCCUAACGUGGCUCAUCAAAUAUCUGCACGAUAAUGCCGAUCUCCUAGAAGCUGUCACUAGAGAACAAGAAGGAAUUCGACGCAAAUUAUUCGCUGAGAAUCGUGGGCUUACGUGGGAUGAUACUAAACACAUGCCUUUAACAAGUCGGGUGAUUCAAGAAACUCUAAGAACAGCAAGUAUACUGUCGUUCACAUUCAGAGAAGCAGUGGAAGACGUGGAGUUUGAGGGUUAUUUUAUCCCUAAAGGUUGGAAGGUGCUGCCUCUAUUCAGAAGCAUUCAUCACUGUGCUGAUUUCUUCCCGCAUCCCGAAAAAUUUGACCCUUCAAGAUUUGAGUGCAGGUGCCACCAAAACCAAACACUUUCAUGCCCUUCGGGAAUGGCGUGCAUUCUUGUCCAGGCAAUGAGCUGGCCAAGCUUGAGAUGCUCAUCCUCCUCCACCAUCUCACCAUUGCUUACAGGUGGCACGUGACAGGAGAUGAGGAUGGGAUACAAUAUGGCCCUUUCCCAGUACCCAAACAGGGAUUACCAAUAACAGUAGUCCCAAGGAGCAAGAUUGUGAGUUGAACAUGAAGCUAAGCGAAGCUAGCUUUUGGGUUCUUGACGACAACACAAACUUCUCCAAUGGGGCCAAAAGCAAGCAUACCCCAUCGAGCUCUUUUCUCUUUUAAAUUUCGUUCCAUGGUGUUUUUCUUUCCCAAUUUGUCGUUGGGAAUCCUAUGUAUCUUCUACGUCUCUUGGGUACGUGGAUUUUGUCCAGUUUGUUAGCGUAGGAUCAAAAUGUCAGUGUCAAACUGUGAAUGUAAUGUGUGAUAGAAAUGAAAUGGGUUUUGUGCAGAAACUAGCAAUGCCAGGAAAUGAAAAUUUUCAAGAUGAAAUGAAGAUGCCGUUUUUUCUUUUUCUUC